GGUCGUCUUUAGAACAAACUCAUAGAUGGGCGUACGCGUGGACGUACUGUAUUCUAGUUCUCCUAGCUAGGCUAUACGCUAGCUGCUAACUCUGGCAGACUGAGACUAUGGGCAGCUCCAAGCGCAAGAAGGAGGAUGAUGAUGAUGAGGAUGUGUCAGAGGAGGGACCUGUUAAGAAGAGGAAGAUUGAAGACAGUCCACCAUUGCCUGAGCCCGCACCUAUACCUGUCAAUAAGCCAGAGCCUUCAGAUGAUGGCGGUGGUAUGGAUGAGAUGGAUCGGCUACAGCUGUUGGUCUCUGCCUUCUCCAACUCUCAGCAAGACCAGUAUGAGAUCUACCGUCGCUCCACUUUCCCCAAGGCAGCCAUCAAGAAGAUUAUGCAGAGUGUGGCUGGAGCCAGUGUGCCUCAGAACGCCGUCAUUGCAAUGGCAGGAAUAGCCAAGGUGUAUGUGGGCGAGCUGGUUGAGGAGGCGUGUGCUGCUCGUGAGGGGGAGGGGCCACUACAACCCAAGCACAUCAGAGAAGCUGUCAGGAAACUCAAGAACAAAGAUAAAGUACCCAACUCACGUUAUAAGAAAGUGUUCCCCUUCAGAUGAUAUAACAGUCGUUCAUUUAUUAUUGUACUCUCAAACAUGCACAAAAUGUUCACUUGGUAAUCAUGAGAAAUGAAUAUAAUACCAAAUGAC